CUAGAGCCAGAACAUGUUGCAUGCAGAACUGGAGACGGAACGCGGAGCUUCCUGCACGUGAGGCAAACGCUCUGCCCGCUGAGCCACUUGCCCAACUGGACCUGAGAUGUUUGCACACUUAUUUAUUUUGAGAGAGUCUCACUGUAUCUCUGGCAGUCCUCAAACUCAGUGAUUUUCCUGCAUCACCCUCUGAUAUGUUGGGAUUACAACUGUGAAUCACCAGGCCAGUUUCUACGUCUUUUUCUAAGGCUUUUUGGAAUUGAGGAAUCUUUUUCUAACUUUGAGCUAGAAAAGUGGCAACUCCCCUGUCUCCGUCUUCCAAGUGUUGGGGAUUUACAGGGCUGCAGAAUGGAAAAAGGAGAGGACCCAGGAAGUCUGAUUAAAGUCAUCCACUUGCUGGUCUUGUCUGGUGCCUGGGGCAUGCAGGUGUGGGUGACCUUUGUCUCAGGCUUCCUGCUUUUUCGGAGCCUUCCGCGGCACACGUUUGGACUGGUGCAGAGCAAGGUCUUCCCAGUCUAUUUUCACGUCUCCUUGGGCUGUGCCUUCAUCAACCUCUGCAUCUUGGCACCACAGCGAGCCUGGAUUCACCUCACACUGUGGGAAGUCAGUCAGCUUUCCCUACUGCUUCUGAGCCUCACACUGGCCACCAUCAAUGCUCGCUGGCUUGAGGCUCGCACCACGGCUGUCAUGUGGGCCCUGCAGAGCAUAGAGAAAGAGCGGGGCCUAGGGACAGAGGUGCCAGGCAACUUCCAGGGCCCUGAUCCCUACCGCCAGCUGCGGGACAAGGACCCCAAGUACAGUGCUCUACGCAAGAAGUUCUUCCACUACCAUGGCCUGUCUUCCCUCUGCAACCUGGGGUGCCUGCUGAGCAAUGGGCUCUGCCUUGUGGCCCUUGCCCUGGGACUCAGGAGCCUCUAACACAGACCCUGUGUGUCAAUAAAUGCUUCUUUGGAGA